ACAAACAUGAUUGAACAAUCGUGCACAUGGUUUAUUGACCGGAAAGAGAGAGAGAGAGAGAGAGAUGGGAGGAGGAGGAGGAGGAGGAGGAGCAGGGGGUCCCUUGUUUGAGAGCAGAGGAGCGAAGGGUAGAUUAUGGUACAAGCUUUACGCUGCUUCUGUUCUUGUUGGGAUUUUCUUGAUUUGGGUGUACAGAGCUAUCCACUUACCAAAGGGAGGAGGAGGAGGAGGAGAGGGGAGAUUGAUUUGGAUUGGUCUCUUUGGAGCUGAGAUUUUCUUUGGUUUGUAUUGGAUCCUCACUCAAGUAGUCAGAUGGAACCCCAUCUACCAUCAAACUUUUAAGGGCAGGCUCUCAAAAAGAUACGAGAAUGAUCUACCUCCUAUCGACAUAUUUGUAUGCACUGCAGACCCCACAAUCGAGCCUCCAAUGCUGGUGGUUAACACGGUCUUAUCAAUGAUGGCCUUUGACUACCCAACAAAGAAGUUGAGUGUUUAUCUCUCUGAUGAUGGUUUCUCUCAGUUAACAUUCUAUGCUCUCUUAGAGGCAGCUAGUUUCUCCAAGUUCUGGAUCCCAUACUGCAAUAAGUUCAAGGUUGAGCAGAGUCCAGCUUCAUAUUUCUCUUCAGUAUCUAAUCUCACUGAGUUCUAUAGUGCUAAUGAAUUUUCAGCCAUCAAGAAAUUGUACAAAGAGAUGGAGAGUCGAUUAGAAGCCACAAUUAGAUUGGGGAGGAUUUCUGAUGAGCUUGCAAAACAACAGAAUGGUUUUAAUGAAUGGAGUUCAGAGUCUGAACCCAAAAAUCAUCAUCCAGUUGUGAAGAUAUUAAUUGAUGGAAGAGACCCUAAAACUGUGGAUGUCGAAGGGGUGUCACUGCCAACUCUUGUAUAUGUCGCUCGUGAGAAGCGACACGAAUAUCCACAUAACUUUAAGGCUGGGGCUAUUAAUGCAUUGAUAAGAGUGUCCUCUGAGAUAAGUGAUGCACCUUUCAUACUCAUCGUGGACUGUGAUAUGUAUUCGAACAGCUCCCAAUCUGUAAGAGAUGCAAUGUGUUUUUUCAUGGAUGGAGAGAAUGGACAUGACAUUGCCUUUGUACAGUUUCCUCAGAACUUUAGAAAUCUCCAUAAGAAUAACACCUACGGUGAUUACAUAACAAUUGUUAAUGAGAAGGUAGAAUAUCCUGGGUUUGGACAGGCUAUGCUUAUGGGCACAGGUUGUUUCCAUAGACGAGACAGUCUAUGUGGAAGAAAAUAUGGCAAAGAUUAUAUGAUAAAACAGAACAAUAAAAAUAAAAUAAAUUCAGAAGAGAAUGCAUCUGUACAAGAAGCAAGAGCCAAAAGCCUUGCUAGCUGCAUUUGUGAGCAGAAAACAGAAUGGGGCAAAAAUAUGGGUAUGAUGUAUGGAUGUCCAGUGGAGGAUGUGAUAACUGGAUUAUCGAUACAAUGCAGAGGGUGGAAAUCCAUUUACUAUAACCCCCCAAGAAAGAGUUUUUUAGGGAUGGGUCCUUUGACAUUAGGACAGUUUUUGGUACAACACAAACGAUGGAGUGAGGGGCUUUUUCAAAUAUUUCUCUCUAAGUAUUGCCCUCUUGUUUACGGUCAUGGGAAGAUCAAACUUAAGCUUCAAUUGGCAUAUUGCUUAUACUUGCUGUGGGCUCCAAUUUCCUUGUCGAUGUUGUAUUAUGUCAUUGUGCCUUCUCUUUGCCUCCUAAAGGGAAUCCCCUUGUUCCCGAAGAUAUUAAGUUUAUGGUUCAUACCUUUCGCAUAUAUCAUUACCGCAACACAAGCUUUCAGCUUACUCGAAUGUCUUCGCUGUGGAGAAACCUUUACAAGCUGGUGGAACAUGCAAAAGAUGAAAAUGAUGAGAAGGACAACCUCGUACUUGUUCAGUUUCAUCGAUACCACCCUCCAACAAUUAGGCCUUGGUAACUCAGGCUUCAUCAUCACUGCCAAAAUCGCCGAAGACGAAGCAUUAAAGAGGUACGAGACAGGAAUUAUUGAGUUUGGAUCAUAUUCUCCGAUGUUUGUUGUUUUAGCCAUGAUUGGAGUUCUUAACUUGAUUUGCUUUGUGGGAGGCUUUGUUAGUUCUAGUGAGAAGGUUUGGUUGCAGUUUUUAUUAUGCGGGGUGUUGGUGAUGGGCAAUGUGCCAGUUUAUCAAGCAUUGUUCUUUAGGAAAGAUAAGGGCUGCCUUCCUACUUCAGUUGCAAUGGACAGAUCCUCCUUGAAGUUUGUAAUUUUUUCAGUACUAGGCUUUCUAUCUGGCCUGCAAUCAACUGUUGGGAUAAGAUUUGUCAUAGACAGGGAAGAGUGCUUCUCCCAUUCAGUUCCAUAUGAAGGAGAUAAAGUUCAUGUUUCAUUUGUCGUAAUCAAAGCUGAUACACACUGGCAUUAUGGUGAUGAUGGUGUUGAUCUUGUGGUUAAGGGCCCAACUGGAGAUCAGAUUUAUGAUGCUCGGGAUAAGACAAGUGAUAAGUUUGAAUUUGUAGUUCAAAAGAAAGGGAUUCACCGUUUCUGCUUCAGCAAAAAAUCUCCUUACCAUGAAACCAUCGACUUUGAUGUACACAUUGGUCACUUUCCCUACUAUGAUGAGCAUGCCAAAGAUGAGCAUUUAAACCCUUUGCUGGAACAAAUUGGAAAGUUAGAAGAAGCCCUUUACAACAUACAGUUUGAGCAACAUUGGCUGGAGGCUCAGACGGAUCGCCAAGCACUUGUGAACGAGGGUAUGAGCAGGAGAGCAAUCCACAAGGCAAUAUUUGAAUCAGCUGCACUUGUAGGAGCAAGCAUUCUUCAAAUUUUCCUCCUGCAACGUCUCUUUGAGAGAAAACUAGGCACCUCUCGAGUUUAGGUCUUUUUUUUUUGGCAAUUACUGUGUAAAUUUACAGGUUAAUGUAAGGGGUUGGUAAUUGCGAUUACAUGUAGAUUACUCGGAAAUGAGCAUUAUUCCUUGUGGAUGUUCUGAAAUUUUGAAAUUACUGUGGUCAUCACUUUGGCUUCAUUCCGCUGAUGCACAUAGGAGAGAGUCAUUUGAUUUA